GGCUGGGGCUGUCACUCCGAGUCGUUUCCCUGAGGUCGGUCCUCUGCUGGGGGCGGGAGGAAGAGGGGCAGGACUGGGGCCUGACGAGCCGUCGCUGCCGCCGCUGUCUUCGCGGCUGCUAUGACCAGCGGGCGAGGCGCCCUCCGCAGCUCUCCGCAGCGCUAGUCGCGGCCGUGCGCCAGCCGUAGCCGUCUGGGUCCCCAGCGCAGCCGCUCCUGCGGCUCCCUCGGCUCUUCCAGCGCCGCUUGCGAGACGAGGCGGAGGCAGGAUGAAGAUGACGGUGGAUUUCGAGGAGUGUCUGAAGGACUCGCCCCGCUUCAGGGCUGCUUUGGAAGAAGUAGAAGGAGAUGUGGCAGAAUUGGAACUGAAACUUGAUAAGCUUGUGAAGCUAUGUAUUGCAAUGAUUGAUACUGGAAAAGCCUUUUGUGUUGCAAAUAAACAGUUCAUGAAUGGGAUUCGAGACCUGGCACAGUAUUCUAGCAAUGAUGCUGUAGUUGAGACAAGUUUGACCAAAUUUUCUGACAGUCUUCAAGAAAUGAUAAAUUUUCACACAAUCCUAUUUGACCAAACUCAGAGAUCGAUUAAGGCACAGCUUCAGAACUUUGUCAAAGAAGAUCUUAGAAAAUUCAAAGAUGCCAAGAAGCAGUUUGAAAAAGUCAGUGAAGAAAAAGAAAACGCAUUAGUAAAAAAUGCUCAAGUACAGAGAAACAAACAGCAUGAAGUUGAAGAAGCCACAAACAUUCUGACAGCAACAAGGAAAUGUUUUCGACAUAUAGCCCUAGAUUAUGUACUUCAGAUUAACGUCCUUCAAUCAAAAAGGAGAUCAGAAAUCCUGAAAUCAAUGUUAUCCUUUAUGUAUGCCCAUUUGGCCUUCUUUCAUCAAGGAUAUGAUCUAUUUAGUGAACUUGGGCCCUACAUGAAGGAUCUUGGUGCACAGUUGGAUCGACUGGUUGUGGAUGCAGCAAAGGAGAAAAGAGAAAUGGAGCAAAAACAUUCCACCAUUCAACAAAAGGCUGCAUUACAGGAUUUCUCCAGUGAUGAUUCUAAACUAGAAUAUAAUGUAGAUGCUGCAAAUGGCAUUGUUAUGGAAGGUUAUCUGUUCAAACGAGCCAGCAAUGCCUUCAAAACUUGGAACAGACGCUGGUUUUCAAUACAGAAUAAUCAGUUGGUUUACCAGAAAAAGUUUAAGGAUAAUCCCACUGUGGUGGUAGAAGAUCUAAGGCUCUGUACAGUGAAACAUUGUGAGGACAUAGAACGACGAUUCUGCUUUGAGGUGGUCUCUCCAACAAAAAGUUGUAUGCUUCAGGCAGAUUCUGAAAAGCUGCGCCAGGCAUGGAUUAAGGCUGUUCAGACCAGUAUUGCUACUGCUUAUAGAGAGAAGGGUGAUGAAUCGGAGAAGCUGGAUAAGAAAUCAUCUCCAUCCACGGGAAGCCUGGAUUCUGGAAAUGAGUCAAAAGAUAAAUUAUUGAAAGGAGAAAGUGCAUUGCAGCGAGUCCAGUGUAUUCCUGGCAAUGCCAGCUGUUGUGACUGUGGUCUGGCAGACCCACGGUGGGCCAGCAUCAACCUGGGCAUCACCCUGUGUAUCGAGUGUUCUGGGAUUCACCGGAGUCUUGGAGUUCACUUUUCAAAAGUACGAUCUUUAACUUUAGACACCUGGGAGCCUGAACUUUUAAAGCUUAUGUGUGAGUUGGGGAAUGAUGUUAUGAAUAGAGUUUAUGAAGCUAAUGUGGAAAAAAUGGGAAUAAAGAAACCGCAACCAGGACAAAGACAGGAGAAGGAGGCGUAUAUCAGAGCAAAAUAUGUGGAGAGAAAAUUUGUGGAUAAAUAUUCUAUAUCAUCAUCACCUCCUGAGCAGGAAAAACAGAUUGUCUCCAAAAGUUGUGAAGAAAAGAGGCUGAGCAUUUCUAAACUUGGGCCAAGUGAACAAGUUAGAGCAUCUCCCCAAAGUUCAGUCAAAAGUAAUGACAGUGGAAUCCAGCAGAGCUCUGAUGAUGGAAGAGAAUCUUUACCUUCCACAGUGUCAGCCAAUAGUUUAUAUGAGCCGGAGACAGAAAGGCAGGAUUCUUCUGUGUUUCUCGACUCUCAACAUCUUAAUCCAGGACUCCAGCUUUAUAGGGCUUCGUAUGAAAAAAAUCUUCCUAAAAUGGCUGAAGCUUUGGCUCAUGGCGCAGAUGUGAACUGGGCUAAUUCUGAGGAAAACAAAGCAACACCACUUAUUCAGGCUGUAUUAGGGGGCUCUUUGGUGACAUGCGAGUUUCUCCUUCAGAAUGGUGCUAAUGUGAACCAGAGAGAUGUGCAAGGGCGGGGACCACUGCACCAUGCCACUGUCUUAGGGCACACGGGGCAGGUAUGUUUAUUCCUAAAACGAGGUGCCAAUCAACAUGCCACUGAUGAAGAAGGGAAGGACCCUUUGAGUAUAGCUGUGGAAGCAGCCAACGCUGAUAUAGUGACCUUGCUACGUUUAGCAAGAAUGAAUGAAGAGAUGCGGGAAUCAGAAGGACUUUAUGGACAGCCAGGUGAUGAAACUUACCAGGAUAUUUUUCGUGAUUUCUCCCAAAUGGCAUCCAAUAAUCCAGAGAAACUAAAUCGUUUCCAGCAAGAUUCACAGAAAUUUUGAAUUUUUUUAAGAAGGGGAAAAUAGUAAAUCUGGUGACUCCCUAAAGUAUACAUCUGAAAGCUCACAGAUUUUUACUUCUUUAAUUCUACUUACUUUUAGUAGCUAUUGAGUUGUUUGGGGAAAAGGUACCCGUUCAUUGAUAUUUUUAUAAAUCAAAACAUAGAUCUCUAGUAGUUGGGAGAGGAACCUACUUUAAGACUUCUUUUAUUAAAAAUUUUUUUUAAAGCCUGUUUAAAGGGCUAUUUUUUAUAGAUUAAAAUUUAAAUCUAGACUUAGGCCAUCUCUAGGUUACAAGAUGCUAAGAGUUUAGACAAAAUAAUCUUUUUUUCCCAGUGGGUGGUAGCAUUGAAUUUUUUCUUCUGUGCACCGUGCCCAGGAUUGUUCAAUCAAGCAUAUCGGCAUCGAGUGGGAGCCUGAUGUCCUGCCUGACUUGAGAAUAUGUCUUUGCUUUAGCUUCCCUGAUGUUGGUGAUUCAGAAAUAGUUUUUUUCUGUUUGUUUGUUUGUUUCUUGGUAGCCUAGCUGUCAUAUACACAAUAUGUAAUUUAAUUAUUAGAACUAGAGAAUAUAUGCCCCCCCCAUUUGCUCGAAAAUGCAGUUAUAUUCCUCAGUUAUUGUCCAGUACUUUAACGUACAUACAGUGGCUGUACAGAUUGACAUAACUCAGUCCUUUAGAUUUAUUCCAUUUUAUGAAGGAAAAAAAAAACAACCCUUGACAAUAGUUUUUUUUUAAUUACCAAAAGAAUCUCAUAGAAGUUGUAGUUCUUCAUUGUUUAGUUGAUUUCCUAAAACCUUGACAAAUUUAUUGAUGUAACAAAACUGUGUUUCAAAGGUUACUUGAAUGUUGCAAAAUUAUGCUUUCAUCAGUUGUAACUAUCAAAGGAAAAGUUGACUUAUAAAAUAAUGUAGAACAUUUUUGUAUUUGAAAUGUGUCCUUUUCCAGAUACAUUUUUGCUAUUGCUCCUAGUGAAAGGAAAAAUAUCUCUGUAAAAGGAGUAAAAAAGACUCAAGUUUUUUUAGUUUGUACUAAAAUAUACAGCAAUAAAUGGCUUUUUAAUUCUUCUAACAUCUCCUGUGUACUUGUUGUACACGGUAUACAUUCUUUUAAAUUAUAGCAUCUAUAUAGCUUUAGUAUUUAGUUACAUGAAUCACAGACCCUUGAAUUCCAAAAUAUUAUGGGUAUACUAAUUUUCCAGGUAUAUGCUACAGAUUAGUCUGAUUCUAUCUUUGAUUGACGUAUCUUGUCAGGAGUAUAAAAUAAGUAAUUUGCCUUAUGGUUUCUUUCUGAUAUUGUCAUAAUUAAGUUUAACUUUAUUUUUCAAGUUACAUGUAAGUAAUAUUAUUGAUACUCAGUUUCUAAAUGAGAGGUUUUUAAACUUGAGUUGCCAAAUGAGUACAGAAAUUAUAUUUCAUUGGGUAGAUAAUAAAUUUUCUAACAUUUUCCCACCAGUAAGUAGAGUUUUCUAAGUUGACUGAACAUCAAAUCAGAAUCUGUCUAAACAGGAAUUAUACUGACAUAAAUUCGUAUCACAGAAAAGGUUCCAUAUUUGUUUGGCCAAAUUGCAUGCAUAUAAUGCUUAUUUAGUAAUAAUUGCUGUGUAUUAGAUAAGGAUACAAAUAUAUUUAGGGAUUAUUUCUAAGGAAAUGCUAACUUCCAAAGCCUUGUAUUUUAAUUGCAACAAUACCAGGAACCUUAAAUCUUUCCUGUUUCACCUCAGAGUCACAGGUCACCGGGCUUUGCAAAAGUCUGAUUUGUAGCAUUUUUAUUAGUGUACUUUGAAAUUAAUUGUCCGAAAAUCUCAAGGAGAAGGAAAUAUGUUGAGAAAAGAAAGAAACAAAGAAAGGAAGAAAGAAAAAAAGAGAAAAGAGAGCCUCACUUUUCCUUUGUAGUGCCUAUUCCUGUUUUGCUCCUAGGAAUUCAUCUGAACUUUAUCUGAGGAAGCCUAGGCAGUUUACCUUUUGGAUCCAGCCUUUGGUCUUCAGAUCACUUCUGGGAUCUCUGGUUGUAAAAGCAAUUCUUGAUCAUACUCUUAACUCCUGUGGCUUCAGUCAUGAGUUGUUAAUGUGGCAGUAAUUAAUGUCUACUUAAAUUUAAUUGUUAGAGAUGUAUUUGAAGUACACUAAAAGAUCAUGGUUCUGAAUAUCUUCAGAGAAAGUGAAAUCUUUAACAGUACAGGGAGCCUGUACGUACAAAAAUACACUUCUGUGGCUUGACUUCUUGAAUAUGCGGAGACCCAAUUUUGAUUAAAUUUGGCAGAAAUGAUGCAGGAGUAACAGCAAGGUUUUAAAGUAAAUUAAUGGUUACAAGUGGUUACAGAGUAGGUUGGCUCUUAACCAAGGUGAAUUAGCUGUGUCAACUAAUAGCCUUUCUGUAGUAUGUAACAAAUCUUAGUUUCAUUAUGCUGUGAAUUAUUCAGUAUCAUGAUAAAUUAUAGUUUAAACAACGUUAGUCAUACUCUUGGGCUUCAGAAAUCAAUUUGACUGUCCUUUGUUUUCAUUCCCUCACUGAUCUGCUGGUAUUAGUUUCUGAUUCCUUGUCAUUAUUCCAUUAACUCAUUAACUUAAAAGUUAGAGUAAUCUGAAAAUAAGAAUAGCAAUACUAUGAGGAAUUCAUAAAAUACAGUUUCAUGUUAGAACUAGACUAAAGGUAAUUGCAUAGUUAUUUGCAGUUUUUUCAUUGUAACACUUACAUGUUUAAGAUUUCUAAGGUUUUAAAAAUUAUUACCUUUGGUACAAUCCUUAGAAAUUCAGAAAUUUCCAGGGAUUCACUAUAUUACAUUGUUUACCUAAUUUAUACUGGUCUUUGUAGAUUUUAAUCAACUUUGGUGUUUACUUUGUAAAACAUACAGAUUUUAUUUGGAAUAUUAUUUUGGUUCUUCAUGGGUGCAUUUUGAAAAAACCUUAUACUUUCACAGUCUGGACAGCUUAAGUUUGUGAUGUGUUAAAGCAGUAUUUUAAAAAUAUAAUUUUACACAUGUGAAGUGGGGUCACGAUAAACCAAAUUGUAUUUAAGAUUAAAUUUACUAUCCAUUUUGAAUAAGAUAUUCCCAUAUCACUCUUAUAUUGUGGAAUUAACUUUUCUGUUUGAUAGCACUUUCGACUAUGGACAUGAGCUGGAAAAAUGCUAUAUUUUUAUAGAAUUGUCUGUUCAGAAUGACUUCAGACCUGCAUGAUAUAGUGGAAAGAGCACUGACUAGUUACUUACUACCCUUACUGGAUUCAGAGCUCCUCACAAAUGAAAUGAGUGGGACGAAACAAGGUGUCCUGUAACAGCAUCCCUUGGUGUGCUGUUCCGCUGCUCACACCUGCUCACAGUGUGCUUUGCCGUGACUCACAGUAGGGACUUCUGAGGUCUUAAUCUAAGAGCACCAACAGUGUCUCUUCUUUGAUCCUGGGCUGCUCCUCUUGUUUUACAGAGCAGGUCACUGGUUUGUUGGUUGGUGGCGUAGCUGACACCAGAACCCCUGUCUGACUAGUAGUCAGAGGCACUUUACUCAUAUCAUGAAAUGAUUUGAAAUCAUUGUAAAGCAGCAAAAUUGGAUAAUGACUGCCAGCUUUCCUUGUGCUUUGAUAACGAAGACUCCAAGUAUUCUGGAGGACCUGGAUAUAAAAUUACUUUAAAGGAAUAGAUUAGGGUUUAAAUACGUUAAAUUGUAGGGAAUUUUAUAUAUUUGCAAUAACAAACAUUGAUGAAGGCAAAACGUUGUAAAGGCAAUUCGAAUUCACAUAUGCUUAUCAAUUUCUUGAUGCUUCUAAACGAAGACAACUAAAAGGGGCAUGGAUUCAGUUUGGCCAAAUCCUGACAUCUAUAAAUAUGAUUUGGGGGGCAUCCUUUUCUAUUUACAUAAAUUUAUCUACUAAAAUAAGGUAAUGGGGGGAGGGAAGUAAGGUUUGAUCAAGUAAACUUUUCUCUACAUUGCUCUUUUCACUAUCUUAUGUACUACAUUUUCUUAUUUUUUCCUCAACACACCUCCCACCUUUUGGGUGUUCAUUUUAAACAGGGAAAGCUCGCUACAUUAUAAAGAAUGUUGGCACCAUUUAUUUUACACAAAGGCUAAAGGUUAACUUUUGGAAGUGAUGAGCUACUUUUCUAUAUGCGUUUACUCGUGCUUUGUGAUAUUUCUGGAUCAUUCCAGUCAUAAAGACUUAUUACAUGUAAUAUUUCCUGCUACCUGUGAAAAGGUAUAUUUUAAAGAAUGUAUAACCAACAAUCCAUUUACUUUUUAUUAGUAUGUAGAGGAUUUAUUUGUAUCUAAUUCAUGAAUGUAGUUUUACUGUAGGAUGUCACUGUAAAUGGAACAAAGUACAUUAUAGUUAUUCUAAAAUGUAUAUUAUGUAAGAAUUGUAAAUAUUAUACCUGAUUAAACUCUUUGUAUGCCAAGAAAUUAUGUCAAGUCAAUAAAAAUCUCACCUCUGGCGUAGUUCUAUUAUG